CCUCAAACGCAUCCGAACUCACUCGACCAUAUUUGAAAAUCUGGUCUCUGCCCCCAACUCCAACGAUCGGUACCAUGGCUCCUUCAAGCCCAGAGAUCAGUGUACAUAUCAAAGCGCCUGACUUUGAGCUCAUCACCCCCAAAGCUGCGUCCCGCAUGCCCCAGGAACGCUUAUUCUUGCGUGGCGGAGUCAAGAUCGUGAAAAUCUCGCCGACCAUGGUUAUGAAGUACGGAGAUAGCGUACAUAUGAGCGAAGCCAAGACGCUGGAGUUCGUACGGCAUCACACAUCGAUUCCGGUACCGCGAGUCUACGCCGCGUACACACAUGGGCCAUUCGAGGAGCGAGAUGAGGAGUGGGCUUCAAAAUAUGAUACCUAUAUUUUUCUAGAUUUCGUGGAGGGUUAGACCUUAGAGAAGGAAUGGGGUAAUUUGGGCGACGACGAGAAGUCACGUGUAAUGCACGAGCUUCAAGGUUACUUGGAACAGUUGCGAGCUGUGCCGGGAAGUAAUUAUAUAGGAUCUCUCAACAACGGCCCGGUAAUAGAUGUUAUUCUCGAG